AUGAAAAGUAAAGUACAAACAGCUGUGAAAAAUAAAUACGAAAAUGGUGACGGACCGGCGAAAAUUUAUCGCGAUUUGGCCGGAGUAGUUUCAUUACAAACAAUUAAAUUGUGGAUCGAAAUGAUCAAAAACACCGGCUCUAUCAAUUUGUCGUCUCCAUCUGGCUGCCCACGAACAGUUCGAACAAAACCCAAUAUCUCAAAGGUCAAAUGGCGCCUAGCUAAGAAAAAACGAGUAUCAACAAGGGAAUUGUCUGCUAACACGAAUAUUUCAAGAAGAAGCAUCCAACGGAUAUUACGAGAAGAUCUUGGAUGCUUUCCGUACAAGAAAAUCAAACAACCGAAACUGACUGAUCUUCAAAAAGCUAAGAGGAUCAAGUUUGUAAAUUGGGUGUUGAACAACUACACCAAAGAAGACACCGAAAAAUGGCUUUUCACUGAUGAAAAGUAUUUUGACCUUGAUGGGGUAUACAAUGUUCAGAACGACCAGGUGUGGGCAGUUAGUAGGGCAGAAGCAGACAAGAAAGGUGGUGUACAUCAAAAAUCCAAAUUUCCAGCAAAGGUGAUGGUGUGGUUGAGUGUAUGUGGCAAGGGGCUUACGAUGCCGGUGAUUUUGGAAGACGAAACAAUGAAUGCAGAGAGAUACAUCCAGGACGUUCUUCCAAUAGCUCUGAAAUGCGGCAACAAUAUGUUGGGGACCAACUGGGCAUAUCAGCAGGAUGGGGCUAGACCUCACACGCAUUCUUUGAGUCAAAAAUGGUGUGAUGAUCAUUUUCCUGCAUUCAUCCCGAAGACCCGUUGGCCACCAAAUUCACCUGAUUUAUGUCCGUUGGAUUACAGUUUGUGGAACGAGCUAGCACAAGCUAUGAACUGGGACCACAUAACAACAAAAGCAGCACUGGUCGACGAAAUAAAACGUUCCAUCAAAGAAGUUGAAAAAGAAAAAGUUUUACGUUCUGUACGGGAUUUUGCGGUACGAUUACGUUCGAUCCAGAAAAAUGGAGGAAACUAUAUUCGUUAA